AUGAAUAAAUCAGAAAUCAGAGAUAUUGCAGAGGAUUUUUUGGACUAUCUGAGCGAUGCCAAUUGUUGUCAAGAAGUCAGAACUUCGAAAAUUUUAGAUGCCGAAAACAACAUUGUCCUGUCACCUAAUUCAAGUCAACUUAUCGCGGUAAGAUCACUUUGUAAUGUCGAAGUUAGCAGUACAGAGUUGGAGGUGACGCUAAGAGUUGGGAAUGAGCGCGAACUUCUCAUUAGAUAUUUGAAAUUCGAAAUGGUGUCGGACAGUGACCUGUCUUCUUCGUCUGAAUCAGAGGAAAAAACUCAACCACAAAGUAGAGGUGAAUAUAUUUCGCUAGAUAACUUCAUACCCGGAGAAAGACCUGAUAUGCUUUAUGAAAAACGACUUAAAAUGAAAUGGGGUCUACCCCCAUGUCACGUUCCAAACGAAGUUAAAAACGCGAUUAAAAGAGGCGUGUACAAUCCGAAUAAAAUACUUGCUAGCAGGAGUGACACUUUGAUAAAAGAAGACUUGCAACGCGCACUUGAACCCAGCAAUUAUAAAAGCAAGUUCAAGAGACUGUUACAUAUAGAAGAAUGGAAACAUCAACAGGACAUAAAGAUGUACGACAUGCGGGGUGUUACUUUGACGCAACGAAAAAGGGGAAGUAAGCUUCUGUACUUGAAAGUUCCGGGCUUGGCUGAAAAACGACCUUCUGUCCUCCGUGGCGACAAAAUAUAUGUGAGAGCAAUUGGAAGAAAUGGUCAUCUGGAAAUUGAAAUAUAUCAAGGAUAUGUUCACCAUGUCGAACAGGAAGAAGUAGGGCUCGGUUUCAAUUCCUGGAUUUUUCGAACGCACAUAAAAAACAAAAUUUAUUUUGUUCGUUUCGAAUUCAACCGCCUAGCUUUGAAACUAAUGCACAGGUCAGUGGAGGCGAUGUUUUCUCGGCCUGACAUACGUGAAAUCCUUUUUCCUGUAAAUCCUCCCAGGUACCUUCCAACUAAAGUACUGAAAAUGUACAAUAGAGAUAUUGAUGGCAACGAAGAGCAGAGGGAAGCGGUUCAUAAUAUCGUUGAAGGAAUUACAGCCCCAGUAUAUAUUAUAUACGGACCUCCAGGAACAGGAAAAACUAUUACUAUGGUAGAAGUUAUUCAUCAAACUCUCAGACGCCACCCUUUUAGUCACAUGCUCGUUUGCGCCCCAUCCAAUAGCGCCUGUGACCUUUUGACAAGUCGACUCCUUCUUCACGUAGACAAAAGAGAAAUUCUUCGAAUGCAUGCCGCAUCAAGAAAUUGGGGAGAAGUACCAGAAGAUGUAAAAGGUGUUUCAAACUACAGAGGAGAAUUUAGGUUUCCCGCUAAAGAAGAACUGAUGAAAUGUCGUAUCAUUGUUACGACUCUAAUCACAGCUGGGCGUAUUGCGUCAGCAAAGUUCCCAAAAGAACAUUUUGACAGAGUAUUUAUAGACGAAGCUGGACAGGCAAUGGAGCCGGAGACUAUGAUAGCCGUAGCAGGAGUACUUUCAGAGAAUGGAAAAAUGGUUCUGGCUGGAGAUCCUAAGCAAUUGGGUCCAGUAAUUCGAUCUUCGAUUGCAAAGAGUUACGGCCUGCAAAUAUCAUUUCUUGAAAGAUUGAUGUCCACCUGUGACAUGUAUCAAAAGCACAAUACUGAUUACAGACCACAAUGCCAUAACCAAAUUGUUAAAAAAUUAUCGUUCUCAUCCGAGUAUAAUAGCAGUUUUCCAAAACGCGGAAUUUUUAUGACGGAGAACUAAGGUUUGUGCCAACGAACUACAAGAAAUUUACUUUGCAACUGGGACGUCUUACCACAGAAAAAUUUUCCUGUCAUAUUCCACUGGGAUGCAAGGGGAAGAUAAGAGAGAAUCAACAAGUCCUUCAUUCUUCAAUCUACAAGAAGCUAAGCAAGUCACAAAAUAUGUUAAUCAACUAUUAGAAAUCCGAGGCAAACAAGUGAGGGCGAGUGAUAUUGGUGUUAUCACUCCUUACCGAAAGCAAGUUGAAAAAAUAAAAAAAAAGCGUUGAACAACAAAGAUAUCAAAGUGGGAAGCGUCGAAGAAUUCAAGGACAAGAAGGAGAGUAAUAAUUAUCAGUACGGUACGUAGCAACACACAGCACUUGCAAUUCGACGCUUCAUUCAACCUCGGAUUCCUCCGAAAUCCAAAACGUUUCAACGUUGCGGUAACUAGGGCGAAGGCUCUAUUAAUCAUAAUUGGUAACCCGGAAAUAUUGUACCUAGACAAGUAUUGGAGAUCGAUGUUGACGUACUGUAUUGAGAGCAAUGGUAUACUGGAAUGAGAUUUAAUCGCUCUCCAGUGCCGGCAAUUAUUCUUGAGCAUUCAAUGAAACCCUUAAAUUUGACCUCAGAAGAAAAAGAUGAAAAUAUCGAGGAUCAGAUAACCCCACAAUGGCGGAAAGACCAUAGACAUGUAAAAUCUUGACCAACUUUUCAUAAGCUCAACGUUCAUCAAAGAAUUUUCAUUGAAGA